CUAGCUGGAAGAGGCACAGAUGAUAGCCAGAGCUAUAGACCCUCCAGUCCUCAGUGAGAGGGGUUUGUUCAAAGGCAUCACCUGCCUGCUCUUUCAACCCAACAAAGUUCCCUGACUCCAGUGUCUUCUCUGCUGCAACUGGAAUUUACAAAAAGCCAAGCAGGGAGGAUUUGGGAGCUGUCCCCGGGACUCUGGAGAGAAAGGGGGGAAGGUCUGCUGUUCUCCAGCGUUUAUUUGGGAUUUUUGCCAAGCUCAGCAGAAAGAAGGCGAUCUGAGCAAGCAAGGAGGAGAAGUGAUUAGAAGAUUCUUUCUUCAGAAUUCUCGACUCCCCUCUUCGUCCCCUGCAGCAAGACUAGUCUCCUGCACUGGGGAUCCUUGAGUGUGCAUUGAUAGCACACUCAGGGUAGCAGGGCUGGAGUGAAGAAGAGUGACAUGGCCGGAGAGUUGCCCAUUGGAACAGAUUUGCCUACAAGUCCGCUAGCCAUGGAGUACGUCAAUGACUUUGACCUGAUGAAGUUUGAUGUGAAGAAGGAGCCCCUGGGUGGCAGAGCAGAUCGCACCCUAAGGCAUUGCAACCGCUUACAACCUACCGGCUCAGUGUCCUCCACACCCAUCAGCACCCCCUGCAGCUCAGUGCCCUCCUCCCCCAGCUUCAGCCCCACCGAGCAGAAGACACACCUGGAAGACCUCUACUGGAUGACCAACAACUACCAGCAGGUCAACCCAGAAGCUCUUAACUUGACCCCAGAAGAUGCAGUGGAGGCACUCAUAGGGCCACACCAGAUGCCCCCCCAGCUGCAGGGCUUUGAUAGCUUCAGAGGUCACCACCACCAUCACCAUCACAACAACCACCACCACCAGUAUCAAGGAGUCCCCCAUGAAGAUAUGGGCCACCAGCACCCACAUCAUCAUCACCACCAUCACCAUCUCCAAGGUUCUCCAAGUCCUUCUGGGUCCUCCACCUCUUCCCAGCAGCUGCAGAACAGUCACCAACCUCACCACCAGUCCUCCAGCCAAGUGGAAGAUAGGUUCUCCGACGAGCAGCUGGUCUCCAUGUCUGUCCGGGAACUCAACAGGCACCUCAGAGGCUUCACCAAGGACGAUGUGAUCCGUCUGAAGCAGAAGAGGAGAACCCUCAAAAACAGGGGUUAUGCCCAGUCCUGCAGGUACAAGAGAGUCCAGCAGAAGCAUCACCUGGAGAACGAGAAGACCCAACUAAUCCAGCAAGUUGAGCACCUAAAGCAAGAGGUGGCCAGGCUAGCCAGGGAGAGAGAUGCCUACAAGAUCAAGUGCGAGAAACUGUCCAACAACAGCUUCAGAGAGGCUGGUUCGACCAGCGACAAUCCGUCUUCACCAGAAUUCUUUAUGUGAGUCAACCAGGGGCAGAACAGAACUUGAGGCUGCUUGUCCUCUGAACAUCUCUAAAACUGCCUGCUUUGAGUAGGGGGUGGGGGCGUUGGUGGGUGGUUGGGGGUUCAAGAAAUCAUACCAUAAGAACUCUGCACCUACUGUUUGUUUUUUGUAGACUAGUCUUUUGGUGGGACAGGGGUGCACACAAGAACAACUUUAAACAUAACCCUUCUAUCCGGGUUGCUCUUUUCUUUAUUGGGGAGGGGGGUUACCAGCCUGUUUGUGGGGGGCUAAGGAAGGGAAGGGGGAGAAAACUUUUGGCAGAGGUUUGCUUUUUUUUUAUAAAAGUCCUCCAGUAACUGUGAUGAAAAAAUGACAAUGUCUCUUUGGAAGGAGGAAAAUAAUGAACAGUGUAAUAAUGUAAGACUGCCUAACUUCUGCAGCUUUGGUUCAGAUAAACUAGUUUAUAGAAGAAACAGGUGGGAGAUUAUGUGCAACCCCUAUCCCUUGGGUUUUAUUGCCUGCUUGAUUAUCUAGAAAAUAUAAGAAACAAAAAAAACCUGCAUUAAAAUAUUAAUCCUGCAUGCUGGACAUGUAUGGUAAUAUGUUCUAUUUUGUAACAUUUUGUUGUUUAAUCUGAGCAUGCUGUUAUUCUGGUUAUUGGCCUCAAACCUUCAUUUUUUAAAUUGUUUUUGUAUUGAGGUGUCCAGAUUUUAUUUUUUGUUUGUUUUUGUUUUUUAUUAGCUAUGUGCUUAAGUUGAAAUAUCCCUGUUCUUCUAGGUUCUUAACUCUUUCAGUGCCAGGCUAGGCAAUGGGCUUUCAGUCCUCUUCCCUUACUCUGGCACUCAAAGGGUAUAAUCUGUAUAUAAUUAUGCCAUCUUCACAUUUCACUUGUUUGAUAUAAGUAUUUCUAUGGGCAUUUUAGUGCACUUUUAGAUUGGUUUUGCCCCCAAGUUGUUUUUU